AUGGAUAAUAUUAUUUGGUCGAGGAAAUAUAAAUCUUGGGGAUUAUUUCAACGAUAUAUUUUACAUUAUUCAUCUGAUACCCAUAAGAAAGAUGAUACCGAUCGAUUAUUAAACAUACUUUAUUAUAGUAGUAAAGAAAAACUUUUCCUUGAUGAUAAUAACGACGAGAAUAAUGAUAAUGACAAGAAUAAUGAUAAAAAUAAUGAUAAAAAUAAGAAUAAAGGGAUUGAUUUGGAAAGUCACAUUGCGCUUUCCACAUUUCCACUGCUCCCUACUAUUACACAAUCUCAUCAACCUCAACAACCACCAUCUCAACUUCAACAACAACAUUAUUCAGAUCAUUCAGAAUCAAAUUCUGCAGCUUCUAUAGAACUCGGUGAGCUUACUGAUAAAGAAAUUACCAAGAAAAGCCAUAAAACAGUUGAUGAAAAACUUUGGUUCUUGGAACAAACUAUGAUUAGACAUUAUCUUUAUCACAAGAAAAAAAAUAAUCAUGAUAUAAAAUUAUUACCAAGAAGUUUGUCAUCAUCAUCUCAUUCUUAUCCAGUAGUCAAAAUAAGACCAGUUAAUAUUGAAAGAAAACGUAUACUUAAACAAAUUGAACCCAAAAUCUUGAAGAUCAAAUUUCAACUUCUGAUUUCAACAACUUCUGAUCCAACAACUUCAAUCUCUGAUCAAACAAAUUCAACUGUUGUUAGGCAACUACAAAUGAAUUUAUUAUAA